AUGCCUUCCCCCUUUGAACCCUGCCCCCCACCUGAGUCCGCGCUUGCACGCUAUCGUUUACUCUCCCCGACAGCUGGUGUGCACGUCUCCCCCAUACAGCUUGGAGGGAUGAGCAUAGGAGACCAAUGGGUAGAGCUAGGAAUGGGCUCCAUGGAUAAAGAAUCCAGCUUCAAGCUUCUAGACGCGUUCUUCGAUCAUGGAGGAAAUUUCAUAGACACUGCAAAUGUCUAUCAAAAUGGCUCCUCCGAACGCAUUAUCGGUGAAUGGGCAGAGAAGCGUAGGAGGCGUAACGAGAAGGAGAAGCUUGUUUGUGCUGCGCUCGAGAAAGUAGCAGCAGAGGUCGGAACCCAAUCAGUCACGGCUGUGGCUAUUGCCUACCUGAUGCAAAAAACUCCCUAUGUAUUCCCCAUCAUUGGGGGACGCAAAGUUGAGCAUCUCAUUCAGAAUAUUGAAGCUCUAGAUAUAUCGCUUUCCGAUGAGCAAAUCAAGCAUCUCGAAAGCGUCGUUCCCUUUGAUCCUGGCUUCCCAGCCUACAUCAUCGGAGCUGGUAUGCACUAUAUUCCAGAGUUUACAGCCACUGCCAAUUUCGACAAGAUGCCUGCGUUGCAACCUAUUCGACCGUCUUUGAAGAGCGCUUCGACUUAA